AUGGUUUUUAUUCAACCAUUUAUCAAUUAUCGAACAUUAUAUUUUUCUCAAUCAGAUCGUAUAACUGCUUUGCACACAAUAUUCAUGGCUCGGAUUUGGGCGCUAUCUCUAUUUCAACCACCAUCAGUUUUAAGUCGCGCAUCUCAGGCAUUGAUAGAAAUUAUGAGACUUCAUGAUCCUCCACUGUUUUUGAGUUCUUCACCAGAUAGAACUCAAUUAAUAGAAUAUCGUUCAAUAGCUAAAAAAAUAUUUAAGACUCUAUAUCCACAACGUAAUAAGCAAACAUGUAAAAUUGAACCAAUUGUAUAUGAAUACAAUAAUCGACAAGUAAAUGCAUAUUCAAUCAAAGAGGGUGAUAUGAACGAUUGGACUGAUAGAAGUCAAGAUGUUCUUCUUUAUAUACAUGGCGGCGGUUUUGUGUCGGGUGAUAUUGAUACUUAUGCGGGUUAUGAAUGUUACCUCUCGAAAGAGUAUCAUAUGCCAGUAAUUCAUAUUGAACAUCGACUUUCUCCCGAAAGCACUCUACUUUCGUCUAUUGAUGAGGUAGUUACUGUUUAUAUGUCUAUGUUAGAAUUUGAUCGGAAUAUUACUCAACGAAUGGUUGGUAUGGGUGAUUCAUCAGGCGGCUUAAUGUGGCUGCGUCUUAUUCAAAUUAUGGUUGAGGAACAACAGCCUGUUCCUCUGGGUCUUGUGUUACUGUCACCAUGGGUCGAUUUAAGUUUUAUGGAUACCGAACGGGAUAGUGAUACACGAGAAAAUCGUGUUUUAUUUUCACUUCAAUUAGCACUUAACUUGAGAAAACAAAUAUUUAACAUUGAUGAAAAUCUUAAAGGUCCCGCCUAUUUUGGAAAAUUUACUCAACAAUUGAAUGAAGUAAAUCCAAUCGAACAUUCCUUUCAAGGUUUUCCUCCACUUUAUGUAAGCGUAGGAACCGGAGAGCUAUUUUAUUGUGAUGCUCUAAUGUUAGAACAAAAAAUACUUGAGAGUAAUAGUGAAAUUAUAUUAGAUAAAGGCUAUGGUCUAAUGCAUACGUAUCCAAUGUAUCAUAGAUGGUUGCCAGAAGCUGCGUGUGUUCAAAACAAAAUACGAACAUUUAUCGAUAAAUUGUAA